CCGAACUGCAUCACUGCAUAUCAAUCGUCCUUUGAGCCAUCCUACAACUUUCACUCUUCGCCGUAUCUCCUAAUCAACUGUUCUGCCUCAAGCCUCCGACACCCUAAAGCCCUCGACCUAUCUACCUCCAGUGGCUUGAUCUCUCUCGCGAUCCCUACACCCUAUAUCGUCAAGUGCAAGUCCGCAUUCAAUCCGCGUAUCCGAGCCUCCUCCGCUUUCUGCCAGUCCUAGUCAGUUCCGGCAUCGCCAUUUGUUUGCCACCACCGACUGUCUAUCCGAUCCCCUCGUAACGGCGACAAAGCCGCGCUCUGAGUCUUGACAUUUCACAGGCACUGUAGACUUCCAAGUCGAGCAUUUCUUAAAGGACUGCUCACCACUUGACACCGCGCACAGCCGCCCCCUGCACCACCAUGAGUAGUCCCAAGCGGAGGAUAGAGACAGAUGUGAUGAAGCUCAUGAUGAGCGACUACGAGGUGACACUGGUGAAUGACAACAUGCAAGAGUUCUAUGUCAUAUUCAAAGGACCAUCAGAGAGUAAGAGCAUGACCACUAUUUCAUAUGCCCAAUGAUGGCACUGAUCGAUACCAUAAGACGAACGAAGACUGACUGGACGACUUGUGCUUUUGUAGCACCUUUUGCAGAAGGGAAAUGGAAAGUUCACGUCGAAUUACCCGAUCAGUAUCCAUACAAAUCGCCUUCCAUUGGCUUCGUCAACAAGAUCUUCCAUCCAAACAUUGACGAGGGGUCAGGGUCGGUAUGUCUAGAUGUCAUCAACCAGACCUGGUCACCUAUGUUCGACAUGAUCAACAUCUUCGAAGUUUUCCUACCCCAACUCCUCAGAUACCCCAAUCCGACAGACCCGUUGAACGGAGAAGCGGCAGCAUUGCUGAUGAGAGAGCCGCGGAGCUACGAUGCGAGGGUCAAAGAGUAUAUUACGCAGUAUGCAACGAAUAUCCACGCGGAUGCUGAUGAGGACGAGAACGAGACAGAUGGGGAAUUGAGUGAGGUUGAGGACUUUGAUAGCGACGGCGAGGAUGAACCAGCUGGAACCAUGGAGGAUGUAUGAUGAUGACUACGAGCAGAAAUGCAGCACAGGGCGUUAUCUCGAUGUUUGGUUAUAUACAUGGGCGCCUGGUGUAACGAAAUGGGUCAAUUGACGGGAUGGGAAUCCGAACGGAAACAGGCAUCUAGUUCUUCUGUAUGGUUUGAGUCCAGCUCAUUUUUAUUGUCGUCCAAACAAGUCAUCCCAUCUCAUCAAUGAAGUCGUCGCUGUAUCAGGCUGUGUGCCUUCAAG